GGCCCCGAGGCUGCACGGGAACGAGCAAGAGGGCGAGGACGCGCAAACGGGCGCGCGCAGACCUUCCCAGGUCGAUCCGGGGAGGGACGCUGGGAAGGAGGGGGACGGUACUGACGGUACCCCGUUACUGAGCCGUUAGCGCGCGAGCUGCUGAGUCAAUAACCAUGGCAACAGCAGCAGCAGCAGCAGCAGCAGGACCAGCGGAGGCGCCGCGCGGUGGACGGCGCCGUCGUUGAGCAACGGCCGGUGUGUGUGUGUGUGUGUGUGUGUGUGUGUGUGUGUGCGCGCUCGAGUAUCCGCAUAGCCACCGUGGCACCGACUCGCAGCCACAAACAACCCGGCAGGUGAACCGAGCGGGGAAGGAGCACAUGAGAAACCGGGAGGAGACAAAGCAGAGGGUCGCAGCGAGUUCGGGCGAGAGGUGAUGAGCUGGAAUAGAUCAUGUCUGAAGUGCAGGGAACCGUGGAGUUUUCUGUGGAACUCCACAAGUUUCAUAACGUGGAUCUCUUCCAAAGAGGGUUCUAUCAGGUUCGAGCUGGACUCAAAGUGUCGUCACGGGUGCCACACCGCCUGAUUGCAACGACAGGGGGUCACACAGGCGAAUGCAGUUUUACAUCUGCAGGGGUCCACGAUGGGACUGUUUACAGCAGGAUCUUCCAGAUCAUGUACAGAAACGAGGAGAUAGCCGUGAACGACUCCAUGAACUUCAAGGUCCACCUGCUGCUAGACGGAGAGAGAGUGGAAGAGGCUCUGGGUGAAGUAGAUUUCCAGUUAAAACUGGACCUGCAUUUCACAGACAACGAGCAGCAGCUGAGCGAGAUCGCAGCGGUACCUCUGAUAAGCAGCCGCACCCUGGGUCUCCACUUCCACCCCCGCAAGGGGCUGCACCACCACGUGCCGGUCAUGUUCGACUACUUCCACCUGUCCGUCAUCUCCGUCUCCAUCCACGCCUCCUUGGUCGCCUUACAUCAGCCGUUGAUCAGCUUCGCUCGUUCAGGGAAGGGCUCGUGGUUGGGGAGGGGCUCCCCGGAGAAUGGCACUGACCCCACCACCAUGUCCAUGGAGAACCUCAUAUUCGGGGCGGGCUACUGCAAGCCCGUUUUAAACGAGCAGGGCAGUUUCUACGUGCCGUCCGAGAACUGCCUGCAGCGCGCUCACACGUGGCACCGCAGGCUCUGCCGUCUCCUGCUGGCGGCACACAGAGGCCUGCGCUCCUACUACAGCGGCCUGAUGCAGGAGGUCCCUCAGCUCACGCAGGUGGACGUAGAUGAGCUGCCAGUAGAAGAAACGCUGACUCAGCUAUCGAUAGAACUGCAGCUGCAGAGCAGCCAGGAGAAGGUGGUGGAGCAGAUCGGCCGGGACCUCACGCACCUGUGCUCGCAGCUCACAGCCCUGUGGAACCGGUUUGCGGAGGCCGUGGUGCCGCACGCCGGUGUCCUGUCGUACUUGGCCCAGGAGCAUCACACAUUGCGGGUCAGACGGUUCUCAGAAGCUUACUUUUUCACCGAACAUCCCAAAGAGCUGUGUGUGACUUUCCAGGAAGACUUGAUCACCAGACACGCGCAGAUUGCUGUGGAGACCCGCAAUUCGGAGUAUCUCACCCGGAUGCCACCCCUGCCCGUAGAGUGCCUCGACAUCGAUGGAGACUGGAGCAGUCUACCCAUCAUCUUUGAAGACAGAUAUGUUGACUUUCCUUCUCUCGAUCACGAAGCGGUGCUGGACGGCGUCUCGCCGAGCGUGUCCCCCGUGCCAACUCCCGCCGCGUGCGAUGAGCCGCUCGUUUCAGACUGUCCGGCCGCAGCUGCCAAAUCCUCCAGUCCUGCCGAAGGUCUGGAUUCUUCCUCACCAGCAAUAAACGUGGGUCGGCCCGACCGCGUACGCCCGCCUGCGUACGCGUCCUUGAUCGGACGGCGCGGCGAGAGUCAUAACGACCGCGUGGAGGCUGAUGACUCCGAAGGUAGGGGUGCGUCCGACCGUGAGGAGGGAUGCUCCUUGGACCCACCUGCUGCUGACAUAGAGGACGACUCCGUCGCCGGCCUCAAGUACAUCGAAAUCAGGCCCAGGGAUACAGAUCCGUACAGAGGAGGUGCUGACCCAACUGAGGCACCAGAGAACAGCAUUGGCUACGAGUUCAGUGACUCCAGCAGCGCAGACCCAUCCCACACGCGUGACUUACGGCAGGAUGAAUCCAGGAGACGCAUUCUCAUAAACAUUCAGGACAACAACGGAGGACAUAGUGGAGAUGUGUCAGAAGGCGGUGUCCCUCGGAGCGGUGAUCCACACGUGUCUCCUCGACAGAUGGACCAGUGCUCGGCUGAUGGCGAUGAAGACUUGCUGCUGAGCACGUUGUCUACCUCAGACAGCCCUCCGCUAGGGCACCGAACAGUGGCGCACGCACCUGCCGACGCGCCCAGGGAGGACCUCCUCCAAGCAGAGAGCGUGCCCAGGAGGCGCAGCAUCGCGGGCUCUAAAACAAUGAAAAGGUCUUCUUCGGUCAUCUCCGACUCGGGCAUCGAGAGUGAGCCCAGCUCGGUGGCGUGGCCCGACGUGCGGGGGCGGGCACCGGACUUCUCGAGCGAGCGCGACAUCCUGCAGCACUUGACGCGGCGACACGCCGUCCACCGCAACUCCCUGGAGGGCUUUCAGACGGAGAGCAACACCAGCCUGCCCAGCGGCAUCCAGGCCUCGCUCACCUCCAUCAGCUCGCUGCCCUACGAGGAGGAGCAGGAGGUGGAGCUCAGCAAGCUGACUAAGUCCGUUUCGGCACCCCAGAUCAGCAGUCCCGAGGACACGGAGGAAGAUCAAGAGCCGGCGAACAAGGAGCCAGAUGAGGAAAGCGAGGGUACGAGUGGCUACGAGCAAGAAGACGCAUACGUCGCCGUCGUAGGAGAUACCAUCAGACCUGUUGGUCUUUCGGCUGAAAACGGAUCAUUUCUAGAGGACAUCUUGGGAAGUGAUCUGCCAGGUGGAAUCUUAUUUAACGGGGGGGUCACCGCGGUCCCUCAGGGGACUUUACCUUUCCCAGACGAUAAUAAGGAUUCGGAAAAUGCCGACGUAACAGGCGACCCGCCUGACGUCCUCGGAGAGGAAGCCGUGUUGAGCGGAGUUCCAGAAGUUCUGCUUUUCCAACGCUUUGUUGAGGGUCACACCGAUGAUGACUCGGAUUUUGUCAAAGCGGUUGGGGAUCCGGAGCACGGUCACAUCAGCAGCGUGUUAAACCUGCACGGCCCCCUGGCACCUGUCUCCGAGGAGUACGCAGGGAAGGAGAACGACGAGAGUUUCCGACAGAUUCGGCUCGGCGACGAGGAUGAGAAGACGUGCGAUCCUCUGGGUGGAGGUGGGAGCUGGCAGCCGAGCCCCGUGCGAGCGGCCCCUGUUCUCCCGCUGGGUGCUGCGGUUGCCGGAAAGGAACCCCAGCCCUUUGAUGGUCUAGGCAAACCUGGGAAAGGUGCCACAUCGGGCUUGGCGUUUGUGAACAAGAAGGUGGUGGAGGUGGUGAACAUGUCGGUGUCGUGCGCCCCGACAUGCCUGCCCUUCUCCUCCGUGCUCCGCGACUCGCCGUCCAUAAGUGGGAUCUCCGCCCGGCAAGCCGCUUCCCCCAUCACCCAUCAGCCCCUGGGCUCUUUCGGCCUCAUCUCCUCUUCCUCCUUCUGUGCGGACGAGGAGACCAACGAGAGGAUGCUCAAUUUCUACAAGGCCAAAGAGGAUCUGAUGGCGGAACUGAACUUCCGGGCCUCUCUGUACAGCGACCUUCCUCAGCUGGCCUCUGAUCUGCCCUACUUCCCCCCGGAGGAGGAAGAAGAGGAGUUUGAAGAUGGUAUCCAUUUAGUGAUCUGUGUCCAUGGCCUCGAUGGAAACAGUGCGGAUCUACGCCUGGUGAAGACCUUCAUCGAGUUAGGCUUGCCUGGGUCUAGACUGGACUUCUUGAUGUCAGAGCGAAACCAGACAGACACCUUUGCCGAUUUUGACACAAUGACGGACAGGCUGCUCGACGAAAUCAUUCAGCACAUUCAGCUGUAUAACUUGACCAUAGGCCGAAUAAGUUUCAUCGGCCACUCCCUAGGGAACGUGAUCAUCCGCUCCGUGUUAACAAGGCCGCGCUUCCGCUGCUACCUGUGCAAGCUGCACACCUUCCUGUCGCUGUCGGGUCCGCACCUGGGCACCCUGUACAACAGCAGCGCCCUGGUCAGCACGGGGCUGUGGUUGAUGCAGAAGCUGAAGAAGUCCGGAUCGCUGCUGCAGCUGACGUUCCGGGAUCACGCGGACCCGCGGAAAACCUUCCUCUAUCUGCUCAGCCAGAAACCAGGGCUCCAGUACUUCAAGAACGUGGUGCUGGUGGCCUCGCCCCAGGACCGCUACGUUCCCUUCCACUCUGCGCGGAUAGAGAUGUGCAGGACAGCUCUCAAAGACAGGACCACGGGCCCCGUGUACACGGAGAUGAUCAACAACCUGCUCCGUCCCCUGGUGGAGGCGAAGGGCUGCCGGCUGAUCCGCCAGAACGUGUUCCACGCUCUUCCCAACACGGCCAACACGCUGAUAGGGCGGGCGGCUCACAUCGCCGUGCUCGACUCGGAGCUGUUCCUUGAGAAGUUCUUCUUGGUCGCCGGACUCAGCUACUUCAAGUAGUGGUCUCGCCAUCACGGCUGAGGGAGAGGAAGGUGCGAAGGGAGGAAGGUGGGGGUGUACAGGUGAACCCCACCCUAUAGCUAUACACGUGUACUUAACGUUUACAACAAUUCAGUUAUCGCUGUUAAUAAGGUGAAGAAAGCACUGGUACGGAUGGCUGGAGAUCCGCUCGAAGGACGGACCUCGAAAGCUUUUAAAAUACCGCCAACUUUUGUUUAUUUCCUCGACCGAACAAUUUUGUAAACCGUAGAGACGCUCCGAAGCCCACGGAUUAGAAGUAAUCUGCGAGCGUAUUUUAUUGUAAAAUAAUGGUUAACUUUCUUUGAAAGGGAAUAAUAGUUAAACGUGCUUGGCAAGCAUUUAUUUUUUUGACGCCGUCGAAAAGCUUGCGUGUGCAUCCAGUAGAGCUUCUGUACUGUAUUAAAAGCCGUCAGAUACACAAACAAGCCAAACCGGUAACAUUAAUAACUGAUACAAACACUCAUUUACUCUCUGUAAGUCAUUUAUAUGCUGAUAUUACAUGGUGAAGUAUCUGGGUGUUAUAAUAACGUAUCACAUAUUCGGUGUUAUUAAUGUUUCUAUUACGACAGCAUUGGCCGUUAAAUGCCUUGAUUUUUUUAAAGGCAUAACACUGCGCGCACACACAUACACACACACACACACACCAUAGCUUAAUGUAAAAAUAUCAAAUUUCAUAAUUCCAUGACACAUUUCAUACUUUGUAAUAAUUAAUCAGUAUGAGAGCAUUGCACCUGUUUUGUGGAAAAAAAAAAAAACUUUUGCUAAGUAUUUUAUUAUUUUAUCUCUGCUGUAUUCACCGAAACUUUAGAAGUAUGUAACAAUUCAAUCAAUGCAAGUGUCGGUUAUGUGACCACGAUAAAGGACAUUUAUUUCCGAUGAUCCAUUCUUCCUUCCGCUUUCCUCAGACAUGCUUUGUGAUUUUUAAAGGCACUUAAAGUACAGACAGCAUUAUUUAACUGUGUGCCGUUUCGUUUUAUUUAUCUUCUCCGAGUCACGCUGUUGUUCCGAGAUGUGUAACAAAGUGAACAAGACAAUUAACAGCACCAGUCAGGGAUGUGAUUUCGGUAAACGUGUCCGAAACUGAUGUACUGUAGCACUGAAGACCAGUCCGAUCAAACGCGUUUACAUUUUUAUACUGAAAGCGGCUGUCACGUUAUUAACAACAAUAGUCUUGCACAUUUGACUUCCUGCGCUGAAGAACAUGCACGGAUUACCACGUUAAAAGGACCGCUGUGUUAAUUGUUCACCCCAUGGCCUGUGUCUGUAACGUCCCAGUCUAUCCGGUUUGACCGUACGCAACAUCACUUUGGCAUUGGCUUGUGUUUGUGUGUGUUUUUGUUUUCCUUUGUUUUUUCUUUUUUUUUUUUGCAAGAUGAGUUGUAAGUUCCAUUAAGUCGUCACAUCUUUGUGCCGUCCUUGAAAAACAGAAAGGGUGACAUGUCAAAGUGCUCUUUGUAUUUAUACGCUUUCCUUUGUUUGCUCAACUCCCGCAUUGUAAGCAAUGUGUCGCCAUGAUUGACUUUAAUUAAAUGACUCCCUUUAGAAUCAAGAUUCAGUUACAUGCCACUUUCCACCAUGUAAGCAAUCUUUGAACUGCAAGGCAUCAUGGGUCAUUUCACAUUGAUUUCCAACACGGUGUACACCCCCCACCCCCGUUUUCUCAGUUUUCUUUGAAAGGGUGUUCCGUUUGACCCAGUGCUACCACAUUAUAAGGGCAGUGUUCGUUAGAAGGAGUAAAUCAUGGCUAAUCCAUCAGCUAAGUGACCCGCUGCUUCAGUUGGGUAACAAUUUAACUGAAUAUCCAGCGUAAAUUUACAGAGAAACCCUUUAAUUCCUGAAGUUCAAUGACAUAUCAUUUAGCAAGGUUUUUAGCUAAUUCCGAAGAAAGUGCAUGUUUUACAUUAAAAUGAACUAACGACUAGCAAAAGACACAACAAAAGUAUUGCCACCUUUUACGAUUUGUACAUUUUAACGGCAUGUGAGUAAUUGACUCAUCUGGGUAGCUAUGUGUCAACUGAACGUCAAAUUAUAUGAAUAAAUGUACAGAGUAUUUAUGAUGCUGUUGUCGCUGAGGAUUAACAACUACGUUCUUUAAAACAACUGGAAGUUCGAAGUGUUGAAUUCUUGAAUUCCCUCACAGAAAACUAUUGGUGCUGUUAUGAAGAAAGGAUUUAUGUUUUUUUUCUAGAGGAACGCUCCCCUCGUGGUCUGAGAAAGGAUCAGACGAUACCCUUAACUAUAACACUGAUCAAGUCCAGUCGUACCCAUAUUUUAUUUUAUUUUUUUUCAUAUUGCCAUCUUUUUAAAUUAGUUUUCACCUAUCUUACUUCAUACGUGUACUGGUGUGUUUGUUUUACCCAGGCAGCUUGACUUGUUAUAAAAUGCACUGUUUAUGAAGUAAGAUACGUAUAAUAUUAAUUGUAGUACUAUUUGUCUGCUACUAAGUAUUGUGUUGACAUUUGGGACACAAUCCUUAAUGUAAAUUCAUUCAUGAAUGUAAAAAAAGGAUACAAUGUUUUGAAUUCACUGUGAGAUGGUAAGUGUAUUAUUUAUUUUCUUUAUAAUAUGUUGUCUGUUUAGAAAUCCAUCUGUGCCAAUAUUAUUGAACUAUUUUUCUAUGUUUGCUUACUGUACGUGUUCCUUGUUGUAAC